UUUUUUUAGAUUAUGGUUCAUUCUAAUUAUGAAGACGGACCCUUACUUGUUAAUGCUGAAUGUUGUAAUGAAUCGAUGUUUGCAUUUCAAGAUGAUGAUGAAAUUGCUAAAAAUUGUUCAGAAAAAUAUGGAAUCGAUUUAAAAUAUAAUGAUUCGGAACAACUUAAUUUUGAGAGUUAUUUAUGUUUCAUGGAUUGUAUUUUUACGGAAAAUCAACUAUUAAUUAAUAAUUCUAUAAAUAUGGAAAAUGUUAAAGUAGAUCUAUUAAAUUUAACUGAAAAUAAUACUGACUUAGUUAAUAUUAUGAUUGAAUCAAUGGAAAUAUGCAGUCGAUUAAGCAAUAACAUUAUGGAUACACUUAGACGAAAUCCAAAUGCUAGAUAUCUUUUUCAAGCAAAAUGUUCACCAAUGGCCCAAAUUGUUACAGAUUGUGCUGCAAUGGAAUAUUUUAUUAAUUGCCCCGAUAAAUAUUGGACACCAACAGCAGAAUGUGAAACAAUGAAAUUUUAUGCAUUACAAAAUCGAUUUACGAGAUUUUAAAACUAUAUUAAAGGAUUAGAUUUAAAUUUGAUUGAAUAAUA